AUGGUCUGCACCAAGUGCCAGAAACUGUCCAAAACGACGCUAGCCACCCCCGAUGUCAAAAAGAAGAGUGAAAUGUACUACGGCUCCCCUGCAGCAUCGUCCUCGAAACCAUCGGGGUCAAAAUCGACUACUCUGGGACAAAGCGGCGUCGUAAAGAGCAAACUUUUGUCAAAAUCUGCCAAAAAUCCCUAUGCGCAGUACUCAAGCUCGUGCACAAAAUGCAAGGCAAAGGUGUCGCAGGGCCACAGCUUAUGCCAAACAUGCGCAUAUAAGAAUGACUCUUGUGCUAUAUGUGGGAAACCAAAUAAGAAAAAGAAGGCUGAUGCCGCUCCAACAGUCACGGGCCAGAAGUUCACCUUGAAGUGA